CAUCAAUCACUUGCAAUUAAUUUCUCCGAACCAUCCCGGUCGGCUCCAACUCCAAGCAGUUUGCACGAAUGAAAGGCUCGUUCGUCAACGAUGCAAUAUACUACUCAGUACUCACCUUACACGAAAGUUGCCGAUGGACGGUAAUAUAUAUCAUCAAUCACUUGCAAUUCUCUCCAUCCCGGCCGGCUCCAACUCCAAGCAGUUUGCUUCACCAUUCACCAAGCACUGGUUCCUCCAAUGGAUUUGUCUCUCCUCCUAGCGCUCACGGCCAUCGCCUUCCCCGUGCUCCUCCAUCUCCUGACGAGAGCCACCAAGCCACGGCCGGGCACGGCCAAGCUGCCCCCGGGCUCCCUGGGCCUGCCGGUGAUCGGCCAGAGCCUCGGCCUCCUCCGCGCCAUGCGCGCCAACGCCGCCGAGCGGUGGGUCCAGGACCGGGUCGACCGGUACGGCCCCGUGUCCAAGCUGUCGCUCUUCGGCGCGCCGACGGUGCUCCUCACGGGGCCUGCGGCCAACAAGUUCGUCUUCUUCAGCGGCGCGCUGGCGUUGCAGCAGCCCCGGUCCACGCAGAGGAUCCUCGGGGAGAGGAGCAUCCUGGAGCUCACGGGCGCCGACCACAAGCGCAUCCGCGGCGCGCUGGCCGAGUUCCUCAAGCCGGACAUGCUGCGGCUGUACGUCGGCAAGAUCGAAGGCGAGGUGCGCCGCCACCUCGACGAGAGCUGGGCCGGCCGGGCCACCGUCACGGUCAUGCCGCUGAUGAAGAGGCUCACGUUCGACAUCAUCUCCCUGCUGCUCUUCGGCCUCGAGCGCGGCGCCGUCCGGGACGCCCUCGCCGGCGACUUCAACCACGUCAUGGACGGCAUGUGGGCCGUCCCCGUGGACCUGCCGUUCACGGUGUUCCGCCAGAGCCUCAAGGCCAGCGCCAGCGCUCGCCGGGUGAUCGCCGGGAUCACGCGGGAGACCAAGGCCAAGCUGGAGCGAGGCGAGGCCUCCCGGAGCAGCAACCUCAUCGCGUGCCUGCUCAGCUUGACCCACGACGCCGGCGCGACGACGCACCUGAGCGAGGAGGAGAUCGUGGACAACUCCAUGGUUGCCCUCAUCGCCGGCCAUGACACCUCGUCCAUCCUCAUGACGUUCAUGGUUCGCCACCUGGCCAACGACCCGGACACCCUCGCCGCCAUGGUCCAAGAGCACGACGAGAUCGCAAAGAACAAGGGCGACGGCGAGGCCCUGACGUGGGACGACCUGGCCAAGAUGAAGUUCACAUGGCGCGUCGCGCUGGAGACCCUCCGCUUGGUGCCUCCCAUCUUCGGCAGCUUCCGGCGAGCCCUGGAGGACGUCGAGUUCGCCGGCUACCUCAUCCCCAAAGGAUGGCAGGUGUUCUGGGCGGCGAGCGUGACGCACAUGGACGCGGCCAUCUUCCACGACCCGGCCAAGUUCGACCCGUCCAGGUUCAAGGACCAGUCGUCGGCGACGGCUCCGCCAUGCUCGUUCGUGGCGUUCGGCGGCGGCCCGAGGAUCUGCGUCGGCAUGGAGUUCGCCAGGAUCGAGACGCUGGUGACGAUGCACCACCUGGUCAGGCGGUUCCGGUGGAAGCUCUGCUGCAAGGAAGACACCUUCGCGAGAGACCCCAUGCCGUCGCCGCUGCACGGCCUACCCAUCCAGCUCGAGAACAAGUCCUCUCACUGAUCAGGACGAAGAUCGGCAGCGACAAUUUGCACAACAGGGUUACACCAAAGAUGCCCACAUGGAAACGUAUUUUAACUUGGUCCCACAGUAGGAACAUAGGGCACCACGCCGCAUGCAGCAAAGGAAAAUGCUUAAUGAGUAAACUGCACCCACUGUACAACAAUUAGCGAGUAGGUGCGUAUUGGUUUACCAAUUUAUAAACUGUUUAAUUGGGUUCGACAACUUGGCAAGUGCAUGAAGAUUAGUCCAAUAACUUGUAAACUGCUCACUUUGGUGUAACAACUUGGCAAAUCGAUACGAAGUCCAAACAUUACUUGCA